AUGGAUGACCUCAGGGUCUACAUUCUCACUUACAAUUGUGCUCGAAACCUCAUCGACAUUGAUCUCUUCGCCCAGCACUUCUUCGGCACUCUCACUGACGCCCACAGCUUCCCCGCGCCGGAGCUGAUCGUGCUCUCACUUCAAGAGAUCGCGCCAAUCGCCUACGCAUUCCUGGGCGGCUCGUAUCUGAUCUCUUACUUUGAUGCCUUCUGCCAGGCCGUCAAGAAAGCAACCGCCAAACAAUGGGGCGAGAACUACGUGAAUAUUGUGAGGGACCACACGGGAAUGACGGGGUUGAUGGUUUUCGCGCGCAGUGACGUAUCUGAUAAGAUCUCCUGGAUUGAGACGGCGCAUGUGGGGUUCGGAUUUCAGGACAUGGGCAACAAGGGAGCUGUCGGGGCUCGCAUGGGCUAUGCCGCUGAGGGGCGCCCGUCGGAGACACUGGAGUUGACGUUCGUGGCCGCGCAUCUGGCACCCAUGGAGGACGCUCUGGAACAGCGAAAUCGGGAUUGGCAAAGCAUUGUCGAGCGCCUAGUCUUCUCCCAGCAACACGAGGGCGCGCAGUCCGACGAAGCAGACGAAAACACUGCCUUGCUUCGCGGCCACGAAAGACGGCCUUCGGACAGCCGCCGGCAGGAUAUCUUCGCUCCCAACGCCUACCUCUUCCUUGCGGGAGAUCUCAACUAUCGCACCUCAAGCAUCGGACCUUUGAAAGGCGACACAAUUCGGUUCCCUCGUCGCGCUGUCGACCCCAGCGACCCUUCACAUUAUUCACAUCUGCUGAAAGAAGAUCAGCUCAUGCGCGAGAUGCGCCAAGGCAGGAGCUUCCACGGCAUGUGUGAAGCGCCGAUUGACUUCCCUCCGACGUAUAAAUAUUCCGAUGCAGCUCGCGACGCCGCGCGCAAUGGCGUUGACGGCGAUGACCAGGAAUGGAAAUGGUCUAGCCAUCGUUGGCCCAGCUGGUGUGAUCGCAUCCUCUACCUCGACGGUCCGUCCUGGGCUGGAGCCGCAGGGCGAGUCAAAACACAUGCAUACAAUGCGCUGCCACUGCUCCCACAGUCAGAUCAUCGUGCCGUUGCACUCGCUUUGUCUGUGCCUGUCAACCCCGUGCCGGACACCGAUCACAUGCCCUCUGAUGCGAAGGUCGUGGCUCCGUUCUCGAUCGAUCCCAACUGGCGACAUCGGCGAGACGUUGCCCGACGAAAGGAGAUUGCGGUGGGCUUGGUUGCGUAUCUGGGUCUGACGUGGGAAGGCAACGGGAUGCUCCUCGCAUCUGCGCUUAGUCUUUUCGGGGCGUGGUUUAUUCUUCGGACUUUCCUGGAAGGUUGA